AUGGAAAGCGUUCAGCACAUGCAACACUUGAAGUUCGAUAUCGUGGAAAAGGGCACGGCAUUCACCCAACACUACUGUACCGUUGCUCUCUGCUGUUCUUCUCGUGCCACUCUCUGGACGGGGAAAGCUGCGCACAACCACAACAUCACGAAUGUUUCCCCUCCGCAUGGUGGCUACCCCAAGGUCGCGGAAACAGGUCUCAACGACGAUUACUUGUUCCUGUGGAUGCAGGAAGCAGGAUACAAUACCUACUAUUCCGGAAAGCUCUGGAACUUCCACGGCGUGUCUAAUUAUGACCGGCCAUUCGCGAGAGGCUUCAAUGCGUCCGACUUUCUACUCGACCCCUACACUUAUCGAUAUUGGGAUGCGAAGAUGACACAUAAUGGUGAACCGCCUAUAAGCUACGCCGGGAAGUACAAUACGGAUGUUGUGGCUGACAAAGCCUAUGCUCUGUUGGAACAAGCACUCAACCACGAUGAGCCUUGGUUUCUCACAGUUGCGCGCAUUGCUCCACAUUCCAAUCCGGUGUUUGAUGAGAGAACGAACACAACCUACUUGUCCACGCCACAAAGCGCAUAUCGCCAUGAGCACUUAUUCCAUGAUUACAAGAUUCCCCGCGGAAAGUCCUUCAAUCAGCAAAUAAGCGGUGCGGCGAGCUGGCCCGGGCGUCUUGAAGCGCUCAAUGAGAGCGUUCUCGCAUACAACGACCAUUACCAGCGCCAACGUCUGCGGGCCCUACAAGCUAUUGACGAGAUGGUUCAUGAGCUCGUGGAAAGACUCGAACUUGCCGGCGAGAUUGAGAAUACCUACAUUUUCUACUCGACGGAUAAUGGAUAUCACAUCAGUCAACAUCGAAUGCAUCCUGGCAAAGAAUGCGGUUACGACACUGACAUUCACAUACCCAUGUUUGUUCGUGGACCUGGCCUUGUGCCUGGUGGUGAAGUCGACUCUGCAACCUCGCACACCGACAUCGCUCCAACAAUUCUCAAGAUCGUGGGUGCAGAACGACAGCUUGACGGAGAAGCUAUGCCCUGGGCAGGUGAAGUGGCCCAAACCAGGAAUGAACAUGCCGCCAUUGAGUUCUGGGGUUGGGGAGCUCCCGAAGGCCACUAUGGAUUGCGCAGUGACGAGCACUUUGAGUCUGGCAAGCUAGAAGGUUUGUACCUCAACAACACGUAUAAAGGUCUCGGUCUGGUUGGGAAAAUUUUUAAUCUUUACUAUUCGGUGUGGUGCACGGGAGAGCGGGAACUUUUCAAUCUGAAGGAUGACCCCGAGCAAACCAUCAACCUGCUUUCCGACACAUCUCAGGCUUUGAUCCUGGUUGAAAACUUUGAAGUUUCUGGCAGAGGAGCUUCCGAGGUCGUUCAUCGCCUUGAUGCUGUCAUCAUGGCUCUCAAAGAUUGUGAGGGGCGGCGUUUUUCCCGGCCUUGGUCAGCUUUGCACCCCGACGGAGACAUCGUGUCUCUCGAGCAAGCUUUGGAUACUAAGUACGACGACUUCUACAAGAGGCAACCUAAAAUGUAUUUCGGAAGUUGCGAGGCAGCCUUCAUCAAGGAGAGAGAAACCAAUGAGCCUGUCAACCAAUACGGCGGCGACGCUCGGCCUGAGUAUGAUUAUGGUGAUGAGUGGAUCCUAGCCAUUUAG